AUGCGGUCGGCAGGUCUGGUUGCCGUACUGCUUCUGUCUUUGGCGUCGAGUCCCACAACCUGCCGUGAGAUUGAUCCCGAACUGCGAACCUUUGUGAGCACGCUAGAGCGCUACUCUACAACGAAGAACGACGUCAUUUUUCUUCUUGAGUCUGGAAACAUCGAGGCCGACCAUUUUUCCGAUGCACUCUUCUUCACCGAGACGCUAGCUCGGCUGUUCAUCGUGUCUCCGGAGUACUCGAGGCUAACCGUCAUGACGUCCUCCGACCAAAACUUGGUUCACAUCGACCAAGUGAGAAACAUUGAUGACGCUAACAUGUGCACUUUUGCACAUGAUGUGAAAUGGAUACAGCAUCGCUCAGGUAACACCAAGACCCGGGAAGCGUUGGAACAUGCGACGACUAUUCUGAGAGACGCUAGACAUGGUGUCAACAAAAUCAUAAUUUUGAUAUCGGGUGCAUUGUCGAACGGCGGAUCUGAAACUUACACUGCUGCACUCUCACUCAAAGAUGACGGUGUUAUUAUUUUCUGUGUUGGAGUCGCCGAUGUCAACCAGCAGAAACUGUCGACUUUGGCUACUACAACUUCUCACGCGUAUUUCUUCAGUAGCUUCGAAUACAUCAGAAGUGCCAGCCGCAGUCUUCAAAGAGGCAAGCCAGUUUUGAUUAUUCCUAAUCUUAACAACCACAAAACACGUCAUAGUGUCUAUAUUUGGUAUGUAAUUACCGGGAUCGUCGAAACUCGCUUUUAA